AUGUCCCAACGACAGAGAGACACUACGCUAGCUAGCAACUUUACCCAGACAAAACACAGACAACCUACCCGCGCUCUAGACCCGCAAACCAACAAACUACCAAAGCCCCUCAAUGUCCUCAUCAUCGGCGCAUCACGGGGCAUAGGAGAAGGCAUAGCUCACGCAUAUGCUCGCGCAGGCGCAUGCUCCCUCUUCCUCGCCGCCCGCCCAUCUUCCGCGCAAGAACUCUCCGCAGUAGAGCAGCGCGCCAAAAAACUAAAUCCCACCAUUUCCACCACAUGUUUCGCAGUCGAUAUAACAUCGUCUGAAAGCGUCGCAUCGCUAGCCCAGCGUGUGAAAGAAACAGUCAGCAGACUAGACAUCGUGGUCCUCAAUUCAGGCUACUCUGGCCCUGUAGUGCUGAAAGUCGACGAGGGCAACCCGCAGGACUUCCAGGAUGUAUUUGACGUCAAUGUGCAGGGGACAUAUCUUGUUGCGCACCAUUUUAUUCCGCUGUUGAAGGAGAGCGAUGGAGCGAAGACGUUCAUUGCGGUUGGCUCGUUCGCUGCGUGUAUAAUGAACGGGCAUAUUGCGAAUACAGCGUACUGCAUCUCGAAGUUUGCGCAAGCGCGUCUUGUCGAGUUUUUGUCGGAACAGUAUGGUCAAGAGGGUGUGUUGGCUGUUGCUGUGCAUCCUGGUGCUGUUAAUACUGAGAUGGCGAAUAAGACUACCCCGGACAGCUUUCGGCCUUAUCUCACGGACGAUGUCGGUUUAUGUGGCGCUUUCUGCGUUUGGCUGAGUCGCGAGAAGAAGAUGUGGCUGAACGGUAGGCUGUUGAGUGCAACGUGGGAUGUUAGUGAGUUGUUGGAAAAGAAGAAUGAGAUUGAGGAGCAGGACCUUCUCAAGUUUGGCUACCGCGUUAGCGACUAG